CCAGCAAACAUGGCGGCGGCCAGGUGUUGGAGGUUUGUGCUCCGUGGCCCAGGUCUGUCACUGCACACCGCGGCCGAGGCCGCCGUCACGGCUCCCGAAGUGACCGGCCCAGAUGUCGCGGUGGCCCCAGUCGCGCGCUACCCGCCGGUCGUAGCCUCUCUGACUGCCGACAGCAAGGCGGCACGGCAGCGGCGAGUGGAGCGAUGGCAGGCCACGGUGCACGCGGCCAAGUCGGUGGACGAGAAGCUACGAAUACUCACCAAGAUGCAGUUCAUGAAGUACGUAGUUUACCCGCAGACCUUCGCCCUGAACGCCGACCGCUGGUACCAGAGCUUUACCAAGACCGUGUUCCUGUCGGGCCUGCCGCCGCCGCCGCCUGCCAAGCCCGAUACCGAGCCUGCGCCGGCUCUGGACGUAGCGGCCCUGCGCUCCGCCGCCUGUGAUUGCCUACUGCAGGAGCACUUCUUUCUGCGGCGCAAGAAGCGUGUGCCUCUCUACCUGGAACGUGAGGCCAUCGCCUCGCCUUUCUUGGACCAGCUGGUUGCCUCCCUCACGGGCCUGCUCAGCGCUCUCAAUCCGGCCCUGGCUGCCGCCGCCCUCGAUUGUAAACGCCCAGUUCACUUUUACUGGUUGCGUGGUGAAGAAAUUAUUCCUCGUGGUCAUCGGAAAGGUCGAGUUGAUGCUUUGAGAUACCAAAUAAAUGAUAAACCACACAACCAGAUUCGAAUAUCCAAACAACUACCCGAGUUUGUUCCGCUGGAUUAUUCUGUACCUGUAGAAGUCCCUGUUAUGAAUUGUAAGCCAGACAGACUUCCAUUAUUCAAACGGCAAUAUGAAAAUACCAUAUUUAUUGGCACAAAGACAGCAGAUCCACACUGUUAUGGACAUACCCAGUUUCAUCUGCUACCUGACAAAUUAAAAAGGGAAAGGCUUUUGAAACAAAACUGUGCCGAUCAGAUAGAAGUUGUUUUUAGAGCUAAUGCUAUUGCAAGCCUUUUUGCUUGGACCGGAGCACAGGCUAUGUAUCAAGGAUUCUGGAGUGAAGCAGACGUUACUCGACCUUUUGUCUCUCAGGGUGUGAUCACAGAUGGAAAAUACUUCUCCUUUUUCUGCUACCAGUUAAACACUUUGGCACUGACUGCACAAGCUGAUCAAAAUAAUCCUCGUAAAAACAUAUGUUGGGGGACACAAAGUAAGCCUCUUUAUGAAAAAAUCGAAGAUAAUAGUGUGAAAGGUUUUAAUGAUGAUGUCUUACUUCAGAUAGUUCACUUCCUACUGAAUGGACCAAAAGAAGACAAAUCACAGCUGUUGGUAAACUAAGAAAAAACUCUUGAUUUGAGACUUUGAGAAUACUUAAAUUUCACUGAUGGAACAAUAAAAGGAAUUUUGAUAAUGAGA